GGAACCUUCAAAAUUUUUCGUAGUUUAUGCCUUCAAAAAUAGGAAUAAGGAACAAAGAUUCCAGGGUUUUGUGGUUUCCUCUUCGAUCUUGAGGGUUCUCGACCCUUUGUAGGGAGACGGAGAAAGUGUUCGGCACUUCUCUUCCAACUGUCUCGAUUGAGACGAAGGAUGUUGGGUAAACCUAUGAUACAAAUGGAAGAUGGUGUCGUUCCUCUUCCUGCAGAGGUCUCCCCAGCUUCGAAGACAUUCUUGGAUUCUAAGUUCGUUAUUCAGGGUGAUCUUGCUAAGGCCUCGGCCCUGGCCAUCAGAUUGGAGAAUGACUGCUUGGGGUUUGAGCGCGACAUUCUUGAUCUGAGAAGAAAGCUAGCAGCGGCGAUAUCGUCGUGGAAUUCUCAUUCUCUUAAGUUGGGGUUACUUCUAUGCGAUGUCAACGCGAACUUGAACGAUUUUGAUGGUUGCCCAGAUGGGACGGAUGAUGCGAAGCUGGGGAGGAUCCAGAAUAUCUUAGUCGUGGAAUUACCCUUGCUUGCUGAACAGAUCAGGAGAAUUGAUGCCAUUCAGAUUUAUGCUGAGACCACCUUGAAGUUGGAAGCUCUCGUGGGAGACCUUGAAGAUACGCUACGUCUGAUCUUGACAAAAAGGUGUAUGAAUCGGAUCCCCAUGAAUCUUGCAAAUGCAGCUAGUCCAGAUGAUAUUGAUUGGAAGCUGGAAAAGUUGCAUUCAUCUGUAGAUAUUUUGUCGAAGAUAGAGGAUAUUGUAUGCCAACUUGCAGAAACAAGGCCUCAAUGGGCAAAUCUUGUCCGAGCUGUUGAUUUGAGGGUUGACAAGGUGUUGGCUGUCUUGAGGCCACAAUCUAUUGUUGAUCAUCGUGUAAUCCUUGCAGAACUAGGGUGGCCUCCUCCGCUUGUCACAACAAAUUCUGACAGGGGAAGGAACUGUGAUUUGCUUAACCCACUAGCUGUAGUGGAUGGAAUUACAAAGGAGAGGUACUCGAAAAACUUUCUUUCACUAUGUGUGUUUCAGCAGUUAACUGUGAAGCGGCAAAACCGGUUUGACAAUUCUUGCCCAAAAAGUCUCGAUCAUCGCCUCUGGACAAUUGAUGAAUUAGUCUCUCCUAUUGCUUCAAGAGCAGAACAGCACUUCUUAAAGUGGACUGAUGAACCGGACUUCAUCUUUGCUCUUGCCUACAAGAUUACUCGGGAUUUUGUUGAUGGAAUUGAGGAGCUCUUGCAGCCGCUCAUUGAUAAAGCAAGGCUGUUGGCUUUCAGUGCCAGGGAAGCAUGGAUACGGACCAUGGCAGACAUGUUCUCAAGUUACGUGAAGAAACAUAUGAUGCCUGUUCUUGCUAGCAAAUACCAAGUCGGCAGUGAGAUCAUUGAGGUGAAAACGUCAUUUCUCCACAUGAUCGAUUUGAUGAUUUCCUUUGACAAAAAAAUUCAAGCACUUCUGGACCCAAUGGUUUUAAAGCCUUUUGAAACAGCUUGGGAAAACACCGUGCCUCCUAUGUCAUUUAUAAUAUCAAUAAUGAGCAUAUUUUCUGAUCACACAGAUUGGUUCCACGUGUGGAUGGAGAUAGAAUUGAAUGAUGCUGAAGAAAAGCUGAAUACAGGGAUGAAAGAGGAGAGUGCUUGGUUGAUUAAUGUCAAACAUGGGGAUGACUUGGACAUUAAGAAAGUUUUUGAGUCACCUGAUUGCUGGACUAGGGAAGAAAACAAAACUCCAAAAAUUGCUUCGGCUGUAAUGGGUAUCAUGUGGUCCAUAAUUCAACGAUGCCAAUCUUUGCCCAUUAUGACAAUGCAGGUUCAGUUUAUUAGAUCAACUGCAUCCCAAAUCUUAUUGCAAUUUGUUGAUGUCCUGUGGCAGCAAUGUGAAGAACUUGAGAUAUCAGACGCGAUGGUUGACUGCAGUGGCUUGAUCAAGGUUGUUCAAUCUAUCAAUGCUGCUCGAUACUGUGAAACAGUAUUGGAGACAUGGUGCGAUGGCAUACAUUUCUUAGAAAUGAGAGUGGCUGAAGUUCUUCGCGAUCGACCAAAGGGCACUUCAGAUUCACAUGGUUGUAUUUUUGAGCAUGAGUUGGAUGAAUUGAAGACGUUUGAGACCGAAUGGCUGGCUGAGAUAAUGGCAUUUCUUCUUCGCCAAUUUGACUACUUGAGCUGUGGCUAUUUUCGAAGAAAAGACCAAUGGGAGCAUGUGGAGGAAACAGAUGAUACUGAUCAAGUCUCAACUUUAUCUGCAGCUUUUCUUGCUACGCUUGACGCCCUUCAAAUGGGGCUUGCCUAUUUCUGCACGAACUUAAACUUGAAAGACUUCGUUGAUCUCUGGCGAAGCGUUGCCAAUGGGUUGGACCAUUUUAUAUUUAGCAACAUUCCUCUCGGCAAUGUGAAAUUCUCCAGCCUUGGAGUAAAGCAGUUUGGUGUAGACAUGAAAGCAUUAUUUUGCAUUUUUAAGCCUUAUUGUGAUCGCCCUGAGGCAUUCUUUCCAUGCACAAACGAUUCUAUCCGGCUGCUAUCUAUGCUGGAACAAGAAGCAAAACAUAUAGAAGUUCUGGCUGACAGAGAAAAGCGAGAAUAUCUGCGAAGCCAUGGUGUAACCCACAUUUCAGCAGCACAAGCAUGUAAAAUAUUAAGGAAUAGAUAUUAGAGAACAGUUUUCCUCAGAGAGUAAAGAAAAUAUAACCUCCGCAUCUGACACAUGAAUGAUAAAUCCAGGCACGUUUCUUCUUAUCCCAUUUCCUAUUUGUUUUUUGGUAGCAUAUAUCAGCAGACUUCUCAAAAUUCCGAACCGUUACAGUCAAAAGUUAUUAUUAGGAUCUAUUAUGCUUGAUGCAGGGCAUUUUUCGUGGUGGUUGUUUCAGCAAUAGCUUUCUAGAAUUCAUCCUGCCAAAGAGAAGUUUUAUCAAUCUUCCACUUUUUAUCUGAUUUGAUGUUUGUAUGAAUAGAAAUGAUUAUUGGCUUUUCUGCAUCAAAAAUACAGGUUGCGGCCUUUUCAACUCCUGUUGCAUGUGUAUACGUAAACAGCGAACCCCCAUGGAAUGAUCUUCCAGUUACGUUGUACUGGAGCAUGAUAAUGUUUGUACACCACAAAGAAUUUUCUGAUGUGCUAUGUAAGUUUUUACUGUAACCCUGUAAUCCAAACCCCCGCUUAUUAUUUUUGCUAUUUACAGCUUCAAACCUGUAGCUAUGUCACGACGACACGCCUGGAGGGCAACACACACGUCGAAAUGGUUGGAACCUGGACAUAGGUGCUUGUGUGGGACACAGUUUGGACACGGUGAAGACUGAUGGUGACUCGUAAUGCAUGUUGCAUGGCUCCCGUUUUGCAUCUUAUGGGCAGUGCUGCUUCAAAGAUAGGAAAUUGGAUGUCGACUCGGAAUAGAAGCCAAAACGUCAUGCUCAUUCGUUGCCAUCUUGUCUGUGUUUUUGGUUCCAAAAGCCGGAUGAUUUUGGUUGGUUAGUAAAAAAUUCGUCCUUGAGUGAAGAAGCAUUGUUGCCCGGUUACACGUUCUUAGAAUCUUAGGGGUAUUUGGUCGUGUUUGUUGAACCAUCCGAAUGCUAUUCUUUAUUACGCGGCUGUGGAUGCGGUUUGGUUUAACACGAGUUUCGUGACUACGGGUUUGCAUUUU